AUGUCUGAGAUUGUUUCUGGCCGCCCAACAAACAGGUGCUUACGCCUUAGUUUACCUGUUCAUUCCAAUUUUCCGAAUAAAGUAGAGAUUCUCAAGUUCAACUUUGACAGCGAAGUCUUUACUGCAGUUAGGGAGAAAAUUAUCGUGUGUUGGAGAAUACAAGCGGGAAUAGAGGUAGCUGGUAACUGGAUGGAAGAUAACACGGCCCCAUACGUCGAGGAGUGGGCAGAUCUAAUACCUAAGGCUAUGAACAGCCAAGAGAGGACUUUUUUCGUAGUAGCCUGGAGUUGGGACGAAGAUGAAGUCCAAGUUGCUGAGAAUGAGGCGAACCUUUUCGGAGUUGGAUUCAAAGACGAGGUAAUGGCUGGAUGGGCGAAAACGUUUACGAGAUAUACGUUUUUGCUUCCCAAAUCAGUUCAGACAGUAUCCAGAAUUGAAGAAAUUGAACCAGUGUGCGACAUACAACCUGAAUCUACUGUCGAUUGCUUAGCUUCAUUGCUGCGACACCCUCCUUCGCGAGUUCAUAGACAGACACAGAUUAAAGCGACGAUGAAUUAUGACACCAAGCACAUCGAAUCUAUCUACGAUGCCGCUGUAGGUAAACGUCAUUUUGUUGGACCUAAAGGAACUUACAAGAAGAUGGGAUUGUUUCACAGCAAUAUGCACAAGAUCUAUGCGCGUUCAGAAGUCAACAGAGUAUCUCGGUUACGCAAACCUCCAAAUACGGAUGUCUUAUGGCUAGAAAUUAAGUCUGAGGGGCUUGAUAACGAUAUCUUUACAACAGAGAGUCUGAUGGAGCUCAGAGAACACAUCAAAAAAGACGUUGGAUAUCGUGCUUCUCUCUAUUGGGGCCGUUCUUGGAUUCAGCUCGGAUUUUGCAAUCAAACAAGCCCUAAGCCCAUCGAUCUUACUUUGAAGUCUCAAAUCGUUCAAGAUCUUGUGAAAGAUUUUAUUGCAAAGACUGGAGCUCUCACCAAGGAGCCUGGUGCCUUUAAGGCUGGGUUUCCUUAUCAGCCAAACCCGAACAGUGAAGGAUUCCCUAUAAUGGAAGUCACAACUUUUGAAGUUUCGAAUAAUAUACAAACGACACUCAUCUUUCAAGAUUUCCAUAGCUCAUAUCAAAAUGAUAUCAAGGGUAUGGAACGUUCUUGGGUAACAUUGCUUCGUGACGACCCGCCAGAUUUUACUUCUCCUCCAGCCGAUGGUUCCGUUACAGUGAAACAAGUCGGCAUUAAUGUUGGUUACUUCUUUCACAAUAGUAUACCGUCACCUCCGGUAGUAAAACACGAGGUCGAAGAAGCCCGAACGCCAACGAAGUCGUAUUUCACAGCAAUAACAAUGCCGAGGUCUGUGGAUGCAAUGAGAGAAUGGUACACGGAUUUUGCCAAUCAUUGUGAAGAUUACGAAAGAUUGGGCCAUAGAGUGGAUUUAGUUCGUAUGUUCUGUGAAGAUCUUGACGCAAUUGAUUCAAAGGUUUCUGACAUGGUCGUGGACUGUUAUGAGAUUUCAAAGGCUCCGAUGCCCAAGUCUUGGUCUUCAAGUUGUCCCCGGUGA